GCCCGGCCGCGCCUCGCAGCCUCGGCCUGAGCGCCUCCGUGCGCGCUGCCUCCUCCGGCGCCUCGCCGCGGGGCCGGGCGGACAUGGCCAGCCCCGACAAGUGGGAGCGCCUGAAGCCGCUGGAGCCGGACACGCUGCGUGUGAGUGAGGCACCAGUGGUCGACCUGAAUGUGCCCAAGGACACACAGCUUGUGAAAAAAACUGUGGACAUGAAAAGGCCUCGAUUUGAUGCAUCCUUGGUGCUUUUGACACGAAAAUUUAUGGCUCUGCUCAGAAAAGCUCCAGACGGUGUCCUUGAUUUAAAUGAAGUGGCAACAACACUUGGAGUACGAAAACGAAGAGUGUAUGACAUCACCAAUGUGUUGGAUGGCAUCGACUUGAUUCAGAAAAGAUCUAAGAAUCAUAUCCAGUGGAUAGGUAACAGUCUUGACCAACUUCUUGGAAAAGCACCGCAGCAGCAGAACCUUAAAGAUGAACUUUCUGACUUAACAGCCAUGGAAGAAGCUCUGGAUGAAUUAAUCAAGAAUUGUGCUCAUCAGAUAUUUGAACUAACAGAUGACAAAGAAAAUGCAAAACUAGCUUAUGUGACAUACCAAGAUAUCCGAAGCAUUCAGGCAUUUCAGGAACAGACUGUGAUUGCAAUCAAAGCUCCAGAGGAAACCAAAUUGGAGAUACCAGUUCCUAAAGACGAUCACAUAGAAGUACAUGUGAAGAGCACAAAAGGACCUAUUGAUGUCUAUCUGUGUGAGGUGGAAAAAGAGAAUCCGGGUGCCAAAACCUGUGAAGAUAUGGAUACUGUCCAUAUCUAGGGAAACUGAGACAUCAUUUUAUCCUGAUGAAGUGAGAUCUCCGAUGGAAGAGAAAAAACCAUUUGAGAUGCCAGAUUAAUUACAACACAAAAAUCUAAUAUAGAAUGUAUUUAUCUGUGUUAUAGGGCUUUUCCAAAGUGCUUGGAUCUGCAGACUUCAUAACCUGAAAUGUUCCAAAGUGUUUUAAAUAACCAGCAGUGGAUUGGUUGAGUGCUUUCACAGGAUUGCUCAUCUUCCCAAGUCAAAAGACAACAGUUUCUUGAGUUGCGUUUAGGAGCUUUGUUUUCUUAAUUGCAUAUGACCUACAGAGCUUUGGGAAAAACAAUUUUUUACCUUACAACUUUAAUUAACAAAAAACGUAGAUCAUCAAUUACUUCCAAAAAUUAAGGUUGGAGAACAGUUUCUGGAACGGUCCACAAUCUGCGUGAGAAUGUAUAAAAUGAAGAAAUGCACUUUUCAGUUCUGAGGCAGCACUACUAAGCAGGAUUGUCAAAUACAAAUGUAACAAGGAAUUCCUGGUGUAUUGGAAGCCUUUGCUAUAAAGAACAAGAUGUAAAUAUCUUGAGAGUUAUGCCUCACACUGUGUAGACACUCUUUGCAUCCAGCUCUACAUGAACUAUGGUAUCAACACUGAAGUGAAAUAAUUGGUCUUUGUGUAAAUACUUGUAUCAUUUCUAGGUAGUUACUGAUGUACAUUUAUUGAGAUGGUUUGCAUUUCUGCCUCUGUACAGCAAAGAAAUAAAAUAAGCUUAGAAAAAUAUGAAAUAGUCUAAUGAAACGUGUUGGGUUGCCUUUGCUGCAGUUCACCGAGUAACUACAAACAUUUUAAAUUAUGUGAACAUUUAAAAUUAAAAUUAAAAAAUACUUUAGGACUGUGUCUGUAUUAUCCAUCUUUCGUAUCCAUAAAACAAAGCUGUUGAAUUUGUUUACUGGAUUUUCUGAGGGCGUGAACUGUCACUGUGCAAAUGCUGUGCAUGGGCUCACUUCAUCCCAGUAUGGUUUCUGUAGGGGUGAGGUGGGUUGGCCAGUUUGGUUUUAAAUAGGAAGUCCAAAUCCUUGGAUCAGGCAGUAUUGACAAUUACACAUCUGCUUCACAAGUGAGCACACCAAAGCUUAUUAACCCCUGCAUGACCUAGCCAGCAACUCUACAGCUAUUUCAGACAGGUGUGGUGAAAUUAAAUACCCUAUGUUCUACAAUACAAAUAAGGUGGCACAGCAUAAAUAUACCUAAAUACAGAUUGAGAGUUAAUUCAGUUUUCCACAAGGUUCCCUAAUUCUGCAAAAUGCAUAGGAGGAUACUAUGCAAAUUAGGGAAAAAACACCAAGUGCAAGCCUGUGUCAGAAAGUAAUCUUGAAUUUUUAUGUAUGUCCUAUCAACUUCUGGCUCCAGAAUACAGGACUUCAGUACACGAUACUGUUUUUCUGUCUUUGAAUUUCAAACUAUAGGCUGAGCUGUAAUAACAAUAAAUAAAAGCAAAGUGACAGCACAGUUAAUACACAGAACAUGGAAAAAAUGAGGAAGGUGCUCCUCCACUGAAGGUGGGAGUGAGGGUUAAAGCUAAGAAAGCUUUUUUUUUGCACAGGAAAAUUGUCCUUUUCCUUCAGUAACUGGUUUCUGUUCAGAUGGCAAACUCUAUUUGAUGUUUUACAGCAUUGUUCUGUUUUGGUGGGUGGGGAGGUCUGUGCUGAGAAGAAGCAUUGAUUCCCCUUACACUAGGUCAACAACUCAGGAUAAUGUGUGCCAUAAAAUGUGUAAACAAUUUCAACACUAACAACUAAUUUUGAGUGCUGUAUGUUGGGGUGGAUUUUUGUUACGUGAUCACAGAAUCCUAGAAUGGUUAGGGUUGGAAGGGACCUUGAAGGUCACAUAAUUCCAGCACCCCUGCUUUGGUCUGGGACAGCUCCUACAUCACAGAAUUCUUUAAGUUGGAAAGACCUCCAAGACCAACUCCAACCUUUGACCAAACACCACAAUGUCAAGUAGUCCAUAGCACCGAGUGUCAGAUCCUGUCGUUCCUUGAACUCUGCCAGGGAUUGUGACUCCACCACCUCCCUGGUCAGGCUGUUCCACUGCUUCACAGCUCUUUCAGUGAAGAAAUUCUUCCUGACAUCCAACCUGAAUCUCCCUGAUGUAGCUUGAGGCCAUUUCUUCUCAUCCUGGUUGCUCAAAGCCCCAUCCAACCUGGCCUUGAACACUUCCAGAGAUGAUAAGGCAUCCACAGCUUCUCUUGACAACCUGUUUCAAUGCCUCUCCACCUGCAUAAUAAAGAAUUUCUUCCUAAUAUUUAUCUAAACUGACCCUCUAACUCUUAGCCAUUACCUACCUUAUCUAUAGGGUAAGGAAGUACAUUUUUACAGAGUAACCAUCUUAAAAAUGUUAAGGAAGUCUGUCUUAAACAGUGGAACAAUCCAUUUACAUGAAACAUUAGGCUUUUUCCUUUUGAACAAAUCUCUAGUGAUUGUUUUUCCUCAGUCAUUUGUACAGGUUUUCUAGCAGUAUAAUUAAUGGUUUUAGCCACACAAUUGUCACAGUGAAAUGGAAGGAGCUGUAAUAUGACAAUUAUACUGUUACUAUUUUAUUAAAUACGUCUGUUGUUUUAAUAGUGCACCUUAAGUGGAAUGAAUGAGCUUUUAAAGGUUAAACCACUGCUUGUGCUACUUGCUUAUGUACAGUAUUACCCGUUGGUGAUGCUGGAAAACAAUGUACUGUAUAAGCUCAGUGCACUAACUAGCUGAAAAGAUUCAACUUGGACUUGAAAAAUUUCCAAGUGAUGCUGAACUUACACACAAAUUACAAGCUCACUUGUAAAUGUGACAGGACUUUACUCUGACUUUGUAUAGUAAUGCCUGUUUUUUUCUGAGAGAUUAUUAUUUUUGCUGAGUCUAUAUCUGUCCAUUUUCAGUACAUUUUUAUGUGUAUUGGCUAUUUGAGGACUAAUAAAUUAAAAGUUUCAAGUA